UGUGACCAUUCGCGAAAAGGGUCACCGCAGGAGAGUCGUGUCCUGAAGCACUCUGCAACCUGCAAGAAGAUGCUAGAUGCUAUCACUACUCAAACCCAUCAUCAAGCAUUUUAGCAAGUCCACGAUCUCCGCCGCACAUCUUCGGAAGGAGCGUCGGGUUGAUGACAAUGACGAGACUGUGAAGGCCCUUCAAAAGAUUGGCAAAACAAGGUUUGGAACUCACUGGUCAGCUGCGGCGUCACUCGAGCAGUGUCUCCCAAAUAUACGAAAUCUCGUGGAGAAGAAGGUUGUGAAAUUCAAGAACCGUAAAGUGAAGGACAUGUUUCUGAACCGUCGUGCAUUCCAGACUUUGGAGCAGGAUCUAGGUACUUAUGUCACGCUCGUGGGACCAUUCAUCCGCUCGCUGUGGUCGCUUGAGGCAUCCCAUGCGAAUGCUUCAGAUGUCUUCGUUUUUUUGGCUCGCAAUUGCUGCGACACUGGAAGAAUUAUUCGCAAAGGGUGAAGAUCAGACAGGGAUACCAGUUUCCCUCGCGCAACGCAUUACUGCCAUCUUCAACAGCCGGUGGAAGGAAUUUUUUGGUAACGAUGUUUAUUUUGUUGCUUUUGCACUAGAUCCACGUUAUCCUCUCUCAGACGACAUCAUGAAAUCAGCAUUGGCAGCCCCGACCAUCCGUAUACCAGCACAGAUACCAAAUACGUCUGCAAGUGCCGAGCGUCCAAUGCCUCAUCCACGUGCUUACCAUCGCGUGAAAGAGUUUCUCAAACCUAUGCUGCGUGCAAUGGUAGAACACAAUGAAGUACACGAACUCAAAGACCCAAUCUCACUGCUUGUGCAUGAGAUUGGAGCAGCUGGUGUUGUCGAUGAGUUCAGACGUCAACUCAAGGCUUAUUUUCACAAUGAGUGGCCAUUCAAUGCCCCCCUUCAAGAUGGAAACACUCUCGUAUGGUGGAACAUGCUUCUACCUCAUCCCCAUGCCCGUGUUCUUGCUGCUCUCGCUGUCAAAAUUUUCUCAGUAUUGAUCAACUCCAUGCCUGACGAGCGGACAGGCUCAAAGCUGACAUGGUUCAACUCAGCGAUACGUGGCAACCAAAAUGCUCAAACACUCGUUGAUAUGAUUCAAAUCGGCUAGUGGUAUGGUACAAAGGCUGAAAACUCGAGACCACGCAGGGAACCCUACCGCCCUACAGUCAAGUUCCGCGAUAUCGACAGAGACCUCCUUCGCGCUGUUGCCACAGGAGUCAAG